AUGAAGAAACGGAUGCAGGUGGUGGUGUUGAAGCGAGACGACGAUCAAUUUCGGAGAAACUCAGGAAAUCCGGCGGCGGCGGUGCAUUACGGGGAGUGCCGGAAAAACCAGGCGGCGAACGUGGGAAGAUACGCGGUGGACGGCUGCGGCGAGUUCAUGGCGUGCGGGGAGGAGGGGACUUCCGGAGCGCUGACCUGCGCCGCCUGCGGCUGCCACCGGAAUUUCCACCGGCAGGAAGUGGUGGUUUGCGACAGCUCGCGCACGUGCGCGUCCUACCGAUGCACGUGA